AUAUGUAAUUAAUUUGUAGUUCUUAAUCUUUAACGAAAUAAAGAUAAAGUUAUUAAUGUGUUUACAAAAAUUUGGAAUUUAUAUUUCAAAUAUAGUAACUUUAAAUGCCUUGGUAACGAAAAACUAAAUGAUGAGUGAAUACAUGCAUAUGUAUGUAUGCAUUCACGAAUGUGUCUGGAUAAACUAAACCCAAUUUUAUAAUAAAAACGACAUAUAAAUAACAGCGUACGCUUUGAAUUGCUUAAAAAAAACCAACGGGAAGAUUUAUAUACGUGUUGAAAAGAAUAUAUGUUGGCAAUGGACGAAACGGACAAAUCGCAACAAAAUAUGAUAUCCAAUCUGCCGCUUUUGUUUGCAAAUGGGUAUCCGACUUCCCUGGAGAAGAUUACCGAGUCUCAACUGGAAAAUUUUAUACCAUUUAUGGUGCAAUGUUCUUUGGGACACAUAAAUUUGCCAAAGAAAAUAGACUGCAGCGAGCCGGAAUGGUGGCCAGAAAAUGCGCCUUUUGGCAUUCCCCUGAAAAAGCCAAAACACUUUUUUGGCAAUUGGAUGGAAAAAAUGAAGGAAAUUGUAGUUAUUUGUUAUCAGUUUCAUAAAAGCCUAUUUUUAUUACGAUUCUGUAAUGAUUUGGCGGCGUACGAGCACGCAAGCUUAAGGUUUAUCAACAACUAUAACUCAACUACAUCCUUGUACGAUAGAAGAAAUAAUAAACUACUGGUGACGUUUCGGAAUGAAAACAUGUCCUAUGAUCGACAGCAAAAAAAUAGAAAAUGUUUGUUAAAUCAUAACAGUAAAACCGAUACUCAUGGUGAUGAUUCACAAUAUAUGAUGGUCGAACCACCACCGUUCGAUAUUUAUCUUUGCGAUAACUGUGAUGCUGAACUAUACUCCAAGGAAGCCAUUCUGGUAAGUCUGAUUUAA